AAUUCUCUGAGCGCCACACUAUAAUAUUCCAUGCACAAAAGUUUAGACGAUCCCUUCUCGAUCAAAACGAACCCGAGACGGCAUGAAUAACGUUACUUGAGUCUGCUGGAUACAACAGAAUUGCGUGCCUGGUAUUCCCUUGCCGGCAUGGCCGUACCAACCGCGCCACCAGCGCUCAAGUUCACGGGAUCGAAGCAUCUUUCCCAACGCCUAGUGCUUGCAACUUUGACCGGCAAGACUGUUAGGAUUUCGCAGAUUCGAUCUUCAUCUCAUACAUCCCCCGGCCUUGCGCCUCAUGAAGUCUCUCUUCUCCGCCUACUCGAAGCGGUCACCAACGGCUCGCAUAUCGAGUUCUCAUACACCGGCACCACUGUUCUUUACAAGCCGGGACUUAUUACUGGUAGUGCGGCAGGCUAUGGCGCACAGGGUGGCGUCAUUAGACAUGAACUACCCGCCGACUGUAGAAGGGGCGUGAGCUACUUUCUCAUCCCACUCUGUCUGCUUGCUCCAUUUUCGAAAGCUCCAAUCAAUGUGCUGUUCACGGGACCUGGAGUAGUCACGUCCAGCACGGAGGCUGGCGACGUAAGCGCAGACACUGUGCGUACGGCCAUCUUACCACUGUUCAGGAGCUUCGGGAUCGAGAACAACCUUGAGCUGAGGAUUCUCCGUCGUUCUAACAUCGGUAGGGACGGCAAGGGCGGUGGCGGUGAGGUACAGUUGGUGUUCGGGCAUCAAGUUCGUCUACCAAAGACUGUACACUUGAUGGACGCUGGCCGUGUGAAGAGAAUCAGAGGUGUCGCAUACUCCACAGGCGUUGCCGGCGCCAACAAUGCGCGCUUGAUCGAGGCAGCAAGAGGCGUGCUGAACGAGUUCAUGCCAGACACGUAUAUUUUCUCUGAUAUUUCACCUGCUCCGUUCGUUCCUGCGCCCACCAAGGAGAAUCCGGCCGCAAAGCGCAAGAUUGGACUUGGAUUCGGCUUGAGCCUCGUCGCGGAAACAAACACCGGUGCACUGUACUCUGCAGAUGUUGCAAGCCCGCCCGCAGGUGGCGAGCCACCGGAAGACAUAGGGCGGAAGUGCGCCUAUCAGCUCCUGGAGGCUAUUGAGGAAGGUGGCUACGUUUCAAGCGUAGCAGCACCUACCGUGCUGACGCUAAUGGCAAUGGGCAGCGAGGACGUGGGACGUAUCACUCUCGGAAAGGCUGUACUGGGCUUAGAGCAAGUGGUCCAGUUGGCACGAGAUCUGCGCACUUUUGGGUUGAGUGGUUGGGGUUUGCGGGAAGAUGAGGACGAAGAGAAUGAGGUGGUGUUGAGUAUCGUCGGCAAGGGUAUCAGCAACGUCGGCAGAAAGAUCACUUGAGUCCGGACGAAUCUGCGAUGCCCUACGGUUUGACAGCUAGGAUGUCAGUAACCGCCACCUACACAUCGGUGGGUACGAAGCUCGGCCAAGUCUCAGCUAGUCCGGACGGGCCAAUACAUCGCUAUGCUCACCUGACUGGCCAUCGCAAACAUCAACC